UCUCUGUAACCCUCUAUCCUUCUUUACAUUUUUCUUCAAACAUUUCAUUCAUCAUAACAUAACAUAACAAACAAACCUUCAUUCUUCCUCUUUCUUCUCUCUCUCUCUCUCUUUCAUUCUCUCCUUUUGCACAAGCACACUCUCGAGCUUUCUGCAAAAUGGGAAACUGCUUGAAAAGCCAAUCGUCUUGCAGAUAUGACAGUGAUGAUGAUGAGGAUUGGGAUUUUUCAGCAGAUAAGGGAUCUUUUGGUGCUGUCAGCGCCACCACGAUGGAGGUGAAGAUCAAGAUCAGUAAGAAGCAGCUUGAGGAGUUGUUGAGUAAAGUGGAUGUGAGGGACUUGAAGGUGGAGCAGGUUUUGUCUCAGUUGAUGGAUCACAGUGGAGGCUUCCAAGCACUUCAACGGCCAUGGAGACCAGCACUUCAGAGCAUCCCUGAGGACUGAUGAUGAUGAUGAUGAUGAAAAAGAGAAUUGGCUUGUUGGGUCAAUCCUGAUUCUUAUUGUGAUCAUCAUGAUGCAAGAGUUUUGAGGUUUAUAUAUAUAUAAGGGAAAACAAGGGUGCUUGCAUGUGCUUGUAGAUUUUGUUCUUUGUACAUACAAAAACUAUAGGGAGUGCCCUUUCUGCUAUACUUUUUGAGGAUUGUUGCUUAGUUUUCUUCCUCUCUUCCCUUUUUCUGCUUCUCUUUUUUUGUUCUUCAUAUUUCAUGAGUUUCUUGGAAGGAGUAUACUUGAACACUUUGAUAAGAUAUAGCACUGUUUUUUAAUAAGAAUUGAUUUGUACUGUUAUUAAUC